AUGCAAUUUUCUUGUGAUCCUGAUCAAGAAGGAGAUGACUUGCCACAAUAUGAACACAUCUAUCAAAAUGACUUCUCAUAUCGAAAGCAUAAGAAACAGAAGGAAGAAGAUAUUUCAAUCUGUGAAUGCAAGUUCGAUUUCGGAGAUCCUGAUAGUGCUUGUGGUGAGAGAUGUUUGAAUGUGAUAACGAACACAGAAUGUACACCUGGAUAUUGCCCUUGUGGUGUCUAUUGCAAGAAUCAGAAAUUUCAAAAAUGUGAAUACGCGAAAACAAAGUUGAUUAAGUCCGAAGGUCGUGGUUGGGGACUAGUGGCUGUCGAAGAAAUAAAGGAGGGACAGUUCAUCAUUGAGUACUGUGGUGAAGUAAUAUCAUGGAAAGAAGCAAAGCGUAGGGCUCAAACUUACGAAACUCAUGGUGUCAAGGAUGCAUACAUAAUAUCACUCAAUGCGUCUGAAGCUAUCGAUGCCACUAAGAAGGGAAGCCUUGCUAGGUUUAUAAAUCAUUCAUGUAAACCAAAUUGUGAGACGAGGAAGUGGAAUGUUCUGGGUGAAGUGAGGGUUGGGAUCUUUGCAAAAGAGACCAUCUCUCCCCGGACAGAAUUGGCUUAUGACUAUAAUUUUGAGUGGUACGGUGGUGCCAAAGUCCGUUGUCUCUGUGGCGCAGUUGCUUGUUCUGGUUUUCUUGGAGCCAAGUCUCGUGGCUUUCAGGAGGAUACGUAUGUAUGGGAGGACGGAGAUGAUCGGUAUUCAGUCGAUAAAAUUCCGGUCUAUGAUUCUGCAGAAGACGAGCUUACUUCUGAGCCCUCUAAGAACGAGCUUACUUCUGAGCCCUCUAAGAACGUCGAGUCCAACACAAAUGAAGAGAAAGAUAUUUCAACAGAGAAUCAUGUGGAGUCUACUGCUCUGAUUGUUCAGCAAUCGGAUUCAACUCCUAUGGAGGUAGAUAUUGUCACGGAAACUGUAAAAACCGAAACAGCUGAAGAUAUGAAGCUGCUCUCACAAGAUUCACAAGAAGAUUUAUCUCAGAAAACCGCAAUUGUAUCACGCGUUCGCGGUAACAGUAUCAAGAUUAAGUCCGAGCCUGUUCCAAAGAAAAGAGGAAGGCCGCUUUCAAGCGGAAAGACAAAGAAUGUCGCUCAGAAGCAGGUUGACAUAGCGAAUGUGGUUCAGAGACUCGCAAGCAAAGAAGCUCAAGAUGAAAUCCUCAAAUAUGAGGAAGUGAAGAAGGAAGCAGCAGUACGUCUCACGUCCUUGUACGAUGAGAUUCGGCCAGCGAUUGAAGAACAUGAGAGAGAUAGCCAAGACAGUGUAGCAACAAGCGUAGCGGAGAAAUGGAUACACGCAAGCUGUUAUAAGCUCAAGUCAGAGUUUGAUCUUUACUCUUCUGUAAUAAAGAACAUCGCUUGCACUCCGAUCAAACCACAGGACUCAAAGAACAAACCUGUGGAAAAAGGAAAUGAUGACCAGAGUAAGAUCAUGGAAGAAGCCUAA